AUGGCUUUCUUUACUCCGUGGAAGCUGUCCUCUCAGAAGCUGGGCUUUUUCCUUGUGACUUUUGGCUUUAUCUGGGGUAUGAUGCUCCUGCAUUUUACCAUCCAGCAGCGAACUCAGCCUGAGAGCAGCUCCAUGCUGCGUGAGCAGAUCUUGGACCUCAGCAAGAGGUACAUCAAGGCGCUGGCAGAAGAAAACCGGAAUGUGGUGGAUGGGCCAUACGCCGGUGUCAUGACAGCUUACGAUCUGAAGAAAACACUUGCUGUGCUUUUGGAUAAUAUCUUGCAGCGCAUUGGCAAGUUAGAGUCAAAGGUGGACAAUCUCGUAAUCAAUGGCACAGGAACAAACUCGACCAACUCCACCACGGCUGUUCCCAGCUUGGUAGCACUUGAGAAAAUUAAUGUGGCAGAUAUCAUUAAUGGAGCUCAAGAAAAAUGUGUAUUGCCUCCUAUGGAUGGCUACCCUCACUGCGAGGGGAAAAUCAAGGUUGAAAACUGGUGUCCUCAUUUACCUUGGAGAGCAAAAAAUCCCUAUGAAGAAGCUGAUCAUAAUUCAUUGGCGGAAAUCCGUACAGAUUUUAAUAUUCUCUACAGCAUGAUGAAAAAGCAUGAAGAAUUCCGGUGGAUGAGACUCCGGAUCCGGCGAAUGGCUGAUGCAUGGAUCCAAGCAAUCAAGUCCCUGGCAGAAAAGCAGAAUCUUGAAAAGAGAAAGCGGAAGAAAGUCCUUGUUCACCUGGGACUCCUGACUAAGGAAUCUGGAUUUAAGAUAGCAGAGACAGCUUUCAGUGGUGGCCCUCUUGGUGAAUUAGUUCAGUGGAGUGAUUUAAUUACAUCUCUGUACUUACUGGGCCAUGACAUUAGGAUUUCAGCUUCACUGGCUGAGCUCAAGGAAAUAAUGAAGAAGGUUGUAGGAAACCGAUCUGGCUGCCCAACUGUAGGAGACAGAAUCGUUGAGCUCAUUUAUAUUGAUAUUGUGGGACUUGCUCAAUUCAAGAAAACUCUUGGACCAUCCUGGGUUCACUACCAGUGCAUGCUCCGAGUCCUGGACUCAUUUGGCACGGAGCCAGAGUUCAACCAUGCUAACUAUGCCCAGUCUAAAGGCCACAAGACGCCCUGGGGCAAAUGGAAUCUGAACCCACAGCAGUUUUAUACCAUGUUCCCUCAUACCCCAGACAACAGCUUUCUGGGAUUUGUGGUUGAGCAGCAUCUAAACUCCAGCGAUAUCCACCACAUUAACGAAAUCAAAAGGCAGAACCAGUCCCUUGUGUAUGGCAAAGUGGAUAGCUUCUGGAAGAAUAAGAAAAUCUACUUGGACAUUAUUCACACGUACAUGGAAGUGCAUGCGACCGUUUAUGGCUCCAGCACGAAGAAUAUUCCCAGUUAUGUGAAAAACCAUGGCAUCCUAAGUGGGCGGGACCUACAGUUUCUUCUCCGAGAAACCAAGUUGUUUGUUGGACUCGGGUUCCCUUAUGAGGGCCCAGCUCCCCUGGAGGCCAUCGCAAAUGGAUGUGCUUUUCUGAAUCCCAAGUUCAGCCCACCCAAAAGCAGCAAAAACACAGACUUUUUCAUUGGCAAGCCAACACUGAGAGAGCUGACAUCCCAGCAUCCGUAUGCUGAAGUGUUCAUUGGCCGGCCCCAUGUUUGGACGGUUGACCUCAGCAAUCAGGAGGAAGUGGAGGAUGCCGUGAAAGCAAUUUUAAGUCAAAAGAUUGAGCCAUACAUGCCAUAUGAAUUCACAUGUGAGGGGAUGUUGCAGAGAAUCAAUGCUUUCAUUGAAAAACAGGAUUUCUGCCAUGGGCAGGUGAUGUGGCCGCCCCUCAGUGCCCUGCAGGUGAAGCUCGCCGAGCCCGGACAGUCCUGCAAACAGGUGUGCCAGGAGAACCAGCUCAUCUGCGAACCUUCCUUCUUCCAGCAUCUCAACAAGGACAAAGACAUGCUGAAAUAUGAGGUGAUCUGCCAAAGCUCAGAGCUGGCCAAGGACAUCUUGGUGCCCUCCUUCGACCCCAAGAACAAGCACUGUGUGUUUCAAGGUGACCUCCUGCUGUUCAGCUGUGCGGGCGCCCACCCCAGGCACCAGAGGGUCUGCCCCUGCCGGGACUUCAUCAAGGGCCAGGUGGCUCUCUGUAAAGACUGUCUAUAG